AUGGUUGCUCACACCCGAUUCGCCACUUUGGCAGCAAGCGAUGCAAUGGUGGCGCAACCGCCAGUGAUUCAAGAAAUGGCAUCAACCGACUGCGCGAGCGACAGAGACUUUGAGCAGAAAACACUGCACGGGAAGAAAGUGGCGAUGCCGAGGAGGCUCCAACCAAUACUAGGAAAGUCGAAUCGGGUGAGGAAGGCGGCUCCUUCGUCCUCCCGACGCAAGACCAGCAAGGCGGCGGAAGACGAUGGCAUCCUCUUUCCGGAGAAGCUGGACGACGUCGGCCUGACCAAGUUUCUCGCGGACGAGGUCACGCUCCGAGACGUGAUACAGGCGAUGAGACACGUCCGUUCGCAUAUGUUCACGCCGGUGCCGCCGACGGGCUUCACGUCGACAAGGACGGCCGAGCUGCUCAACUACAGGGCCUCGACGCCGGCCAUGGUCACGGCGGGCCACCUGAACGCCGUCCUCGACUCGCCGACCCGGACGGAGAGGGAGGUGGUCGAGCUCGUCGGCAAGGGGGCUCUGCGCAAGGUGCGGGUCGAGAGGAGGAGCGGCAUGGGCGAGGCGCUGAUCGAGACGUCGGCGCUCGAGGACAUGAUUCGGACGUCGGCUGGCGUCUCGGACGUAACGGCCGGCAGGUUUUUGGCCUUUCUCAAGGCGAAUCCCUCGGAGCAGAUGCUCGCUCGGGGACAACUGACGAACGCGGAGACGGACGAGCUCGUCCGCGCGGGAUUUCUGACGAGCGCCGGGCACGCGACGCCGGGGAGCAGGCUGCUCGUUCGACCCGAGGACCGCACGACGCUCACGUCGAUCCAGCACGUCUCACGCUUCGCCUCGGGCACCGUCUCGGCCGUCGGCGGCCAGAACGCGAUCCACCUCGCCGGCGGCGGCGGCGGCCGAGGGGUCGCAUCCUCCUCGUCGGCAUCGGCAUCGGCAUCGACGGCGUCGACGAGCUUCCGGAUAGCCGUGCCGGGCCAUGGGAGAUACCUCAAGCUCGCCGAAGGCGCCGUGAACUGGCUGCGGGAGGCGCUGGGCAAGACGGCAUGGGGCGAGGGGACGGAGGAUUGGCUGCGGGAGCGGUUCGAGGACGGCGGCCUCUACGGCGCGCGCUGGAAGGAAUUUUGGGGCCUCGACUGGUCGUGGCUCAUCGGGGAGGCGGUCGGGCUCGGCAUCGUCGAGCUAUUCGAUACCGGAUGCGUCGGUAGGGGGGUGAGGGCGCUCGGAGGCUGA